GAAAGGCAGGCAGUAUUGUCCUGCCUCCUACGAGUAGCUCAGACCUGUUGGAAUACCGGAAACUUUAACUCAGCCAUGGAAAUUAUUGUCGGUCUCAAAUCCAACAAACUAAAAACCUUCUGCGUGAACGAGCCAGUACCAGUUUUGGAAAGUCUCUCCUCCGCCCUUCUGUCCGCCGAGUAUGAAUUCGCGCUUGCUCGAUCCUUGGCAAUGCCAGAAUGUCCAGUUGUGCCGUUCUUUGGUGCCUUCUUGCGGGAAUUGCGGGAAGUCAUCGCGUUCGAGUCCAAGUCCCAGCAUGAAUGCAGAGACAACCGCGAGUCGCCACGUAGCAGCAGCAGGGAUGCCGAGACCGAAAACGUGUCGUCCUCAGGGCAAACUGCGAAGAUCGCUAUCGAUACCAGCACGGAAUCAUCCACGGAAUGGAACUCGAGGAAUAGUUCUGCGAAGAAACUAGAGAACACCUCGAUCCGUGAUACGAACUCUGUCCUCGAGAAAAUCGCCGAAUUUCAUAAGCAUCGACAUGCCCGAGGCAGAGACGCGACAACUGGUUCGCUCCAUCGCACGCUGAGCAUUCAUACAACUGCGAUUGAGCAAACCUACAUGGCCGAAGAAUGUGACGAGAACGACUAUCAUCUCGAUCUCGAUUCCUACAAACCGGUACAACCAAUCACGAUCGACCAUGGGGUUGCGUUAUUUCCUGUUGCUGCGCCGCACUCCGGAAUGGAUUUGCAUCUUCUGCAGGUGUUGCAUCAUGGGACAACGUUGGUCCACUGGGACUGCGAGGGCGGCACCACUCGGACGGCCUUGGUAUUCGCGCGAGUGGAUCGUGCUUGCGGCACCUUUGUCUGGGAAAAACCACCGUGGAGUCCGUUGAAGACCGCUCAGCUAGGCGGCACAGCUUCCACGGAGUUCUCGCUAACUGCCAAUCCAGAAGACACGGUACCGGCCGGUUUAUUAGGAAGGUAUACCACGCAACAGACGGAUUGCGCUUCCGUGACACUGGAGGAAGGAUUCCUGGACCUGAGCUCCGUCAAGGAAGUGAUGAUCGGCUGUUGCGAUCGGGACAGGGAGACCGACCUCAGAAGCAUUUGCAAGAGGUACGGUCUGUCGGGCUCCGACUCGUGCAUCGGCCUCAUGUACGGCUCCAGUCUGCCGGACAAUCGACUGAUCUUUCUCCUUUGCCCUCCUGCGCUUAGCAAAAUUUGGUACAUGGGUCUUUGUUGGAUACUACGAGGCCUGAAGCGGCAACAACAAUUAACGGAUCGUAGAUCGCGAUGGUUAAAAGAAAAAUAUCUUCAGCUGUAUUUCGAGGAAGGGUGCCUCGAACCAAUGACAGCCGAUGCUAUUAGAGCUUUUGGCGGUCGCGAUUGGUCCACGACUGAAAGUAUUGGCACUCUUUCGCCAACGAGUAGCAGCACUCUUCGCAAACGAAACGUUAAACGGAAGAAAACGAAAUCCAUCGGCAAUAUUCACGCGUUAACAAAGGAUUUGAGCCUAAAACAAUACGACUCUUCGUCUUCGGAUGGAGGCUUAUCAGCGGCCCCUCUUCGUCACAUUACGGGUAGCAGAGAAUCCUUGACGAGAAUCAUACCAGCAUCUCCACGGUCUAGCAGAGAUCGAGUUCCUCCGCGCAGCCCCCCUGGAUCCGCCGAACGAAUUAUUAGUUCCAACCUGCCUUACUCCAGCUUUCAGAGCCUAUUGUGCGUCGCCAGAGACAGGGAUAAGAACGGAUCUGGAAUGUCAGGUGGAAUGGAAGCACCCUGGCAUGUGAAAACACGCACCACUUCCAUAAUGUACGAAACUCAGCUGAACUUCGUCGAGUUCGUCGCGUUGUUCCGGUCGUUCAGCCUGAGAGCAAGAAAGGAUCUGCGCGACUUAUUCGGCCAAUUGGCGAUCACUUGCCGUAGCCAAAGCGACGGUUCUUUGAGGGACUUCAAUAUACGACCGCCUGUGUUGAGGCAGACCAGCGAUGCGACCCCUCAGCGAAUCGGUCUCUUGACGAGGAACAACUCCAUAGACUGUCACGAGUACAAAUCCAGCAGCAACCUUCAAAAAAAGCAAGUUUUUGACGCAGUGGCCGCAGCCAGCAUCGUUAAUAAUUGUUCCGGUGUGGACACUUCGAAAUCGCAAGUUAUUACCCUGGCCACGUUCACUAAAUUUUUGGAAUCUCGACAACAAGAAAAACUUACCGACGACGAGAUCAAGGCACUGGUCAAGCGACACGAACCGGACCCAGGGCUACGUACACAAUGGUGUUUGUCUUUCGAGGGCUUUGCACGGUACAUGAUGGACAAGGACAAUUAUGCUUUCCCAAACGAGUACGCGACACCGUCCGAGACUGAAAUGCAACAGCCAUUGUCCCAGUAUUACAUCGCCAGCUCGCAUAAUACUUAUUUAACCGGCCAUCAACUCAAGGGAGAAUCCUCGGUGCAGCUUUACUCUCAGGUACUACUAACAGGAUGUAGGUGUGUAGAACUCGAUUGCUGGGACGGCGAUGAUGGCUCGCCCGUUAUUUACCAUGGUCACACCUUCACUACCAAGAUACCAUUCCGCUCGGUCGUAGAAGCGAUUGACAGAAGUGCUUUCGUCAGUUCCCCGUAUCCCGUGAUUCUCUCGAUCGAGAAUCAUUGUUCACAGAGUCAACAAGCUCGAAUGGCCCAAAUAUUUCAAUCUGUAUUUGGGGAUAAACUAGUGACAAAGUUCUUGUUCGAGACCGACUUCGGUGAUGACCCCCAGCUGCCAUCGCCGUCACAGUUACGCUAUCGAAUAUUAAUCAAAAACAAGAAACUGGUGGUAGACCCUGCUGGUCCUUUGGCCCAUGCUCCCUUGAGUCAUCGUGGAAAAAUGCUUAUGUCCGAUCGUGCAUCAUCUAUGAAGCAGAUGCGCACCGAUGUAAGCAGUGCCUCCGUCGUUGAAUAUUUCAGCGAGGAUGACGACGAUGAGGAAGAUGACGACGAAGAUGACAAUAUUGAUGAUAACUCCAUUUCGAGCUACGAAAGGUACUUGGGCGGGACGCAGGUGCCUCAUAGUCGAUUAAAGUCAGAUUCCGCUGUAGACGAUAAGUCACAGAAACAAAGCAGCCAAAUUGCCAAAGAACUUUCGGACCUGGUGAUUUACCUGCAAGCAAUUAAAUUUCGAGGGCUGAACACGACGCCGGGUACGACCACCACCGGUAAGACACGCCAUCAACCGCACACUGGGCCGGUCCAGAGGCACAGCAUCGCUGGCAUAGGAGCCACCAGCAUCGGUGCCUCUUCCGGAUCGCCGCAGUCCCUGUCGACCUCAGCCUCGCUCGCAAGUGGCGGCAGCAAUAUUGAAAAUCUCUUCAGAUUCACUCGUGGAGUUCCAGCCUGCUUUCAGUGCUCUUCCUUAAAUGAAAGUACAGCGAAGAAGAUCUGCAGGAAACAACCCUUAGGGGUUGUUGCUCACGCAGAAACUCAACUGAUACGGACGUACCCAGCCGGAAUGCGUAUUGAUUCGACGAAUUUCAACCCCGUAAUCUUCUGGGCCUUUGGUAUCCAGAUGGUAGCACUAAAUUACCAAACCGAUGAUGCUGGACUCAAUCUAAACUCUGCUAUGUUCGAGCAAAAUGGACAAUGUGGAUACGUUAGGAAACCGUCAGUUAUGUGGGACAAAGGACACAUGAUGUACAGGCGCUUCAAUCCCUGGGACAAGGAAUUCGAUGGACUACAUUCGGCACACCUGACGCUUUCAAUAGUUUCCGGCCAGUAUGUCUCCCCAACAAAUUUCGUCGCCAGCACCUACGUCGAAGUUGAACUAGUCGGCAUUCAGAUCGAUUGUGCCAAGCAUAAAACAAAAGUAAUACAGAACAAUGCGCUGAAUCCUAUUUGGAAUGAGAAAUUUUGCUUCCAAGUAAUGUUCAAGGACCUCGCCUUCCUGCGCUUUGGCAUCGUCGAGGCAAGUUCCCAUCACUUGAUAGCCCAGAGAGUCAUUCCACUGAAAUGCUUGAGACCUGGCUAUAGACACGUACGUCUGCGUUCCUGUAAAAACAAACCUUUGGCACUGUCUACGAUCUUCCUGUAUUCCCGUUUAGAAGAGGAGAGUCUUGACUAUAACACGUGCUGUCGUGAUCACAAAGAGUCAUCAAAGCGUCCAUCUUCGGGGAAAGAGCCAGAAAAAUUGACCACCGUGGAUCCUGGACUAGGCGGAGUGACACUGAAGAGAAGAAUGUUCUUCCUGAUGGUCUAUCACGUGAUACCUGACGAACCUUACACGAUAUUAAAAGUCACGCAAGAGAGCACGACCCAUGAGGUGAUGUUGCAAGCUCUUCAGAAAGCCGGGAUAUCUGCUGAUCGCGUAGACGAGUACAUCUUGGUCGAGGAAGUUUCUCGUGGUUGGGAGAAGAGAGACAGGGAAGAACUGCCGACUCAACGUGUACUGGAUCCAACUGAACAUCCGUUGCAAGCACAAGCUUUAUGGAAAGGUCAGGGUCGCUUUCUGUUGAAGAGGGUGGGCGAUGACCCUAGCAGCAGGGCCUGGUUAGCUUCCAUCAGAAGUACAGCAGGUCACUCGAAGCUCGACUCUGAGAGAGACACGUCCACUCACAUCUGGGACGAAGCUGACACCUUCUUAGUCUGCAUUUACAACGUUUCACCUGACAUACCUUACGCGAUACUACGUGUUCCUGUGAGCAGUUCUGCCCAAGACGUCCUAGCCCAGGCUCUAGUGAAAGCCAGGAGGAUGGAGGAUCCGAUGAAGUUUGCGUUAGUCGAAGAGCUCGAGUGGGGAGGAACUGGCGCUGUUGGCAGUGGCAGCCGUCAAUUGAGAGUCUUGCGCGAUGAAGAAAACGUAUACAGUACUCAAGCCUUUUGGAAGACGCUCGGAAGAUUCAUUCUGAGGGAAGAGAACGCGAUACCGAGGCGGCACCUGUUGCCAGCCACCUUGGAUAGACUCAGCAAAGGCUUUUCCGUAGGAAGAUCCGUCUCCUUGCCAGGUUCCAGUAAGGAGAAGGUACCUGUUUCAGAAGCACUUUCCGAUCCGACUUCCAGAGGGCUCAGACAUCGUCUACUGAUGCACGGUCGCAGGAGGGAAGUUCACUCUGAUGGCGAAGAUACUCGUGAGUCUGAUAUCUUAAACGCGGCCCUUCACUUGAAAAAAGUGUCUUUAAGAAAAUUAAGGGCUUGGAAGUCAUAGUGGCAGUCAAGGGCGACAUCGAUUUCAUCGAUUUUCGCCACUCGGAGAAACCAACCGUAAGUUACGAUAAAUCAUUGCAUUCGAAGUAAAGGUGAACACGGGGUUAGCCUUCAAUGGCAAUGAAAAGAAACCUCAAUGAUCGUUCGUAUCGUUCUGAAAAAUUCCACCAGUAAUCAACGUUAUGAUAUACAUAAACAAAGAGAUGCCUAAUUGUACUCAACACUGCUUAAAUGUGCAUAAUCUGGGUCUUUAAACCGUUAUUUGAAGAUGAAACCGGUGUUAGUAAGAAAGAGAACCAUCGGUUGAGACAGAGUUUGAUUGGACGUAAAAUUGUAAACACACAUAUUUGAGGUUAAACAGCUUCAAGAAUGCAAACCAAGCUACGAUACGUUCAAACAAUCCUGUUAACGCAUCUGCUCGCUAUCCCAAAUUUGUAUGAACUCACUAACGAUUUUAUACGCAUCCGCGUGUAC